GAAGUGCUGCCAAAUUUUCCACAGUGUUUGUGUGAGUGAUUUGUGUGACGCCUUUUCGACUUCAAAACUCGUUCUGCACUAUCGAAAUCAGGUAACUUAUGAACUUUUGUAGUUCUAGUUCUGGUAGUGAAUUUUAUUCGCCUCUCACCCUUUCUGAUUUAGAUUUAAGCCUUCUUAAAGAGGUUAGGGUUAAGAGUGAGAGUGAUAUUGAGCGUGAGUUAGAGUUUUUUGAAGAUCCUGACUACAUCCCUCCCCUUACUUCGUGCAGUGAAAGUUACAAGACUAAGGAGAUGUCUUUUGAGGAUACAUUGAGCAUUGGGGGGAGCGAGGAAGUAAGGAUGUUGGAGUAUAGUGAUGUGAACAUUGAGGGUGAAUCGUCUAGAUCUGAGCAGACAGAGGGAGGGGUAAAGAGAAAUGAGGUAGUUGAGGUGGGGGCAGAAGAGGUGCCUGUCAAUAUUUUGGAAGUGGGAGAUAAGAGGGAUAAGUGUUAUGAUAGUGGGGCAGACAUUGUGUCUGAGGCUGGCAGUAGGAAGGAGAAGGGGUGGUACUACUUUACACCUCGAUCAUCCAAUAAAGAGAAAAGAAACUUGUUUAGUGCAGGGCCUUCUUCCAUUAAGGGAUGGAAGGAAAAUUUUUUCUUUGUUGAUGACACCGAGUGGGAUAGGGGAGAUGCAGAAAUGGAGUCUCUAGCUACUUGGAAGGCUAAAAAGGCCAACCAGAAUAAAUACAGUUUAAAUAGGGAUGAGGAGGAAGAAAUAGAGAAGCUGGUGAGAAAAAAGGGUGACAUAGUAGAUAUCAUGUUUCUCACCAGUUCAGAUGCUAUAGAAGCGGAUGAGCUUUAUGGGCCGAGCGCACUAAGCGAAGCGGAAAUGAACAUGUUUCUCAAUGCUGUUGGUGGAGUGGCUAUCCCCAAAAAGCCAAAGAAGAAGUCCCAAACUUUGGGAAAGGCUAUGGCUAGGAAAGGAGAAGAAAAUCUGGAGAAGGGGCAGAUGUCAAGCACAGAACCCCGUGGUGCAGAGGAAGGGGAGCUAAGGUCCAAAAAGAAGAGGGAUGAAGCGGAUCAGGCUCAGAAAAGGAAGAGAGUGGAGGAGGAAGUCAAGGGGGACGAGGUAGUGGAGUUCGUACCUCGUCCUGCGCCUGUGGAGCUUGAUCCAGGCCUCAGAGAGACCAAGGUCCCUGCCCCUGGCAAGGGGAAGACUUUUGUGCCUGCGCCUUCUCUCCAGAACACCAUUUUUGGGAGCAAGAACUUCUCUGUGGCAAAGAACUUCAUCAACGCGUACAUUCCCGAGGUGGAUCGCCGUGAAGCGAAGGAAGAAGUCUUGCUGCAUGAAGGGAACACAAUUGUGAAGCAUGCUUUGGAGACUGCAACUUGGGUUAACGCGUUAGCCCAAGAAUUCCUAGAAUUGAUGAAGGAUCGCAACAGCCUGCAGAAGGCGAGGGAUGAGUUGUUGAAGAAAAACAGUGAGAUGAGGAGGGAACUGGAUAUCGUGGUGCCAACAAUGACAAGUCUGCAAGAGGAAAGAGAUACACUGAAGACGAUUCUCUCAUUCAAUGAGAAGAAAAGAAGAAUGUGUGAAGAAGAGAAUGAUGCUCAAGAAGAGGAAAUAAGGAGAAUGAGAGAAUCCGAGGUGGAAUUGAAAAAGAAUGUCCAACUGCUGGUCCACAACGGGAUGGAGGAGCACAUCGGCAACUUUAUCAACUUCAGUACGUUUGACAACAUUGUCAAUCUCUACCAACUGCCGACUGCGAUCCUCGCCUUCACUGAUUGCAGAAAAAAGGUCAAGGCUGAAUAUCCCAAGGUGGAUAUCACCAAGAUUACUUUUGGUGAACAAGAGGAAAGGGUGGAGGAGGACGGCGAAAGCCUGUCAGCAGAUUUCCGACCUCAAGUUAAGCUGAGGUGGGAUCAUGAUGCUGAAGGACGAGCUGUUUUUCCUCCCAACUUUGACUUCGAGUUCGUGGCAAUGGAGGAAGAGGAAGAAGAAGCUGAAGGGACUGAAGUUGAGAAAAGUCAGCCAUCUCCUCCUAUAGAGGUGCAUCCAGUUCCCUCCGAAAAAGAGUAGCCACCUCUCCCAGCAGAGCAGGAGCCACAGCAGCCAUCUUCGCCAGCGGAAUAGUUUAGGGAUUUUUCUGAUUUUGUAUUGUUAGAUUUAUGUUAGUGAACAAUUUUGUAAUGAAUUUUUAUUAAUUUA